AUUCUUUAAUUUCAUUUCUUCCAUAAUUGUUUUUCUUUUUCUGCAUGAUAUACUAAUUCCUGUUGCUGAAUGUCUUGUGCAUCAUUUGAGCUCAGUAUGGGGACCCUGUGUUUGGUCCUCCUCCUCCUCCUGGGGUGGGGGUUGAGGUGUAUGUAUCACUGUUGCAGACGUCGCCUCACCGCCAGGAGGAUGAGGGACAACACCCAUCCCAAAGAGGAAAUUGAGAUGGGGGUGAGGCCGAGGAGUAUGCCUCCACCUCCACCACCGUCAGCACCACCUCGCCAAGCACUUGCAACAGUGCAAACAGAGAGGACACCCCAGCCUACUGUUCGUUCAGGGCCCCCACCACCACCACCAGCCCGGGGUGGUGGGAGAUACCACCUCCGUCCUGCUAAGAGACCAAGAACUGAUUGAAUGCAAUUACGGAAGUUGAUCUAGCCUUGGAUCAUUACUGAGCGAAACCGAUGGUGAAAGUCGGCGCAAAUCUAGACUUGGGUCAUUAUUUGUGAUUUCAGAAGACACUAAAAUCACAUAAUUUCAGUUUCAUUUGUUUUUUUUCAAAGAUCAUUUAUUAAAAGUGUUAAAACAUUGUUUUAUUUUUUUCAUUAUUUAGUCUAAAAACUUUUAGCCACAAAUUGUACUUGUCAGACAUGUACUAAACAUCUGUUUACAGGUGUAAAGUUUAAAGUAUAUAUUUCGGGUCAAAUUCUUAAAGAGCGCAUGAUAAAAUGAUAUCUAUUUUGCAUCAGAGUGUAAUCAGAUUUUUUGUAAAAAUGAA